GUAUCAUAAACAAUGUUUAAAAACAACAACUUUGUCUGCGUUGAAUACAUUUGACCAGUAACAUACUAACGUUCGAUAAUCUUCAAAGCGACAUUGUGUGAGGUCCCAACAGAAACGAUACGAUUGGUUCACGAAGACUCCAAGUGUACAAUCUCUCACAUUUUUUAAAUGAAGCAGUUAGCUCAUAGCACCGAGGUGCUAAAGCUUGUCAGUAUAUUGUUCAGUCCCUCGAUUUCCACAGCCAUGCAACUUAUCCCGGUGUUUGAAGCUCAAGAGAAGCCCAAACAAGGAAUAUGGUAUUCCUUGGUACCCAGCGGGAGGUCCCCGAGUGUGAGCGUGGGACACACCUGCACCUACUGGCCUGAGGAUGGAGGGAAAGGAAGGAUCCUCAUAGUUGGGGGAGCAAAUCCUGGCGGCAGCUUCUCACAUACACACGCCAUAAAUCUGGAGUAUCUCGAAUGGGACGCGUUGCCUUGGGAGGGUCUGAAGGCUCGAUAUGAGCACUGCACAUUUGUCCCUGGGAGCCCACCACAGAGCUUAUGGGUAUUUGGGGGCGCGGAGCAGAGCGGCAACCACAACUGCAUCCAGAAAAUAAAUGUAGCAGAAAGCAAGGCCCACUGGGAGGACGUCACAGUAACGGGUGAGCCCCCAAGUCCGAGGACGUAUCACACCAACUCGGCCUGUGUGGGUAGCUCAUUAUACGUGUUUUCUGGUGGGGAAGUUGGAGCAUCACCUGUCUCUGACCAAAAACUAUAUGUCUUCGAUACCGUGUCUUCCACCUGGACGCAGCCAGAAACACAAGGCGCACAGCCGCCAGUCCGACACGGACACGUUAUAGUGACUGCAGGCUUAAAGAUCUACAUUCAUGGCGGCAUGGCGAACGACGAUUUCUUGGAUGAUAUGUACUCUCUUGAUUUAAAUAAUAUGACAUGGGAGUUGGUGCAGCCCGAAGGAGACGUUCCACCUGGGGUGGCAGCCCACUCGGUCGUGGCGCUGGGCAACAACAUCUACAUCCUCGGUGGGCUGACUGCUAACGGAGCCAGCAAUGCCAUGUAUACAUUCAACAUAGAAAAAAAGUCAUGGACCCUAAUGAAAUUUGAGGGGGAUUCGCCCCCAAACCGUCUGGAUCACUGCAUGUGUUUGGUACCGUGGAAGGUGGAGGCUGUGGGAGAUGACGAUGGGGUUCAAACAGCCUCUCCAGCUCCCGCUCCAGCUCCAGCUCCAGCUCCAGCUCCCGCUCCAGCUCCCGCGACAGCUCCCGCUCCAGCGACAGCUCCCGCUCCAGCGACAGCUCCCGCUCCCGCGACAGCUCCCGCUCAAGCGACAGCUCCCGCUCCAGCGACAGCUCCCGCUCCAGCGACAGCUCCCGCGACAGCUCCCGCUCGAGCGACAGCUCCCGCUCCAGCUCCAGCUCCAGCUCCAGCUCCCGCUCCAGCUCCCGCGACAGCUCCUGCUCCAGCGACAGCUCCCGCUCCAGCGACAGCUCCCGCUCCAGCGACAGCUCCCGCUCAAGCUCCAGCUCCCGCGACAGCUCCCGCGACAGCUCCCGCUCGAGCGACAGCUCCCGCUCCAGCUCCCGCGACAGCUCCCGCUCGAGCGACAGCUCCCGCUCCAGCGACAGCUCCCGCUCCAGCUCCAGCUGCCGCUCCCGCUCCAGCUCCAGCUGCCGCUCCCGGUCCAGCGCCUGCUCCCGCUCCCGCUCCCGCUCCAGCUCACGCUCCAGCUCCCGCUCCCGCUCCUGCUCCAGCUCCAGCACCAGCUCCCGCGCCCGCUCCAGCAGAGACAAUACACUUGGCUUUUGUAUUCGGUGGGAUGGACGCACAGGGCGUCAUACACAACGACUGCAUCGUAACCGUGGUGACAUGAUGCACCGUAGAAGAAAUAAAAAGUGAACGCAA